AACGGUGGGUUGGAAGAGGUCUUCAAACUGACGAAACCGGUCAAAUCAGGUUUUGUUUGUACGCUUAUUGUUACGACAGCUUUUAAAAUAGUUGUAGAGUAACAAAAAAAAUUGAGAUCGAUGUUUUGGUUGCUGAUUUUCUGCUCACUUUGUGUUUCAAUGUUAAAAGGGGGGACGCAAAAUGUGAUUAACAAUGAUUACAUUCAGUCAGUUUGCUGAAUUGAGUUCUACCUGUUACUGUUGCCUUGCUAUUUGUUAUUACAAGGUGGACGUCGCGGUUAAAAGUUAUAAUUUUGCUGUGCGAUUGGUGCCAAAUAUGUGGAAUAAUUAGUGUGUCACCAUUAUUUUUUUAUGUUAUAGUUUAAAUCAAAACAAUUUUAUCAACUCAGUCGUAUUUAGUUUUGAAAAAAUAAGAUGACGAAAAAGUUCUUUGCCUCUUUAACUCGCAAAAAAACUCUCGAUGCCGAAGAAACCAGCGAACUUGCUCGAGUUUUGUCUUUGCUGGACCUUUCGGCUUUGGGUGUUGGGUCCACGUUGGGUCUUGGCGUUUACGUGCUAGCUGGAUCCGUAGCAAAAAAUAUAUCGGGGCCUGCCGUUUGCAUUUCUUUCCUGGUCGCAGCCGUCGCUUCUGCUGUUGCAGGACUGUGUUAUGCAGAAUUUGCUGCCAGAGUGCCCAAAGCAGGGUCAGCUUACGUUUACAGUUAUGUUUCUGUGGGCGAAAUUGUUGCAUAUGUUAUUGGAUGGAACUUAAUCCUGGAAUACGCAAUCGGAACAGCCAGUGUUGCCAGAGGUUUAAGCGGAUACAUAGACGCCCUUACAGACAGUCAAAUCAAAAAUGGCAUGGAAAGUUGGGCCAAAAUGGACAUCGAUUUCAUGGCUUCGUAUCCUGAUUUUCUGGCCUUUGGAUUUGUUAUGCUGCUUACAGGUCUACUUUCUGUCGGUGUAAAGGAAUCCUCGCGGCUCAAUAACGUUUUUACUGCCCUCAAUCUGACCACUGUAACCAUCGUCAUUGUUUCUGGAGCCAUUAAAUCCGAUCCUGCCAAUUGGCAGUUAGACGUAGCAAAUAUAACAGACCCUGUAAUCAAGGAAAACGCUGGGGAUGGAGGUUUCAUGCCUUUUGGAGUCGCUGGAAUAAUGGCAGGAGCAGCUCAAUGCUUUUAUGGAUUCGUCGGGUUUGAUGCUGUCGCUACAACAGGAGAAGAGGCCAAAAACCCCCAGAGGAACAUUCCCUUAGCAAUCGUUAUUUCCUUGAUUAUCAUAUUUUUGGCAUACUUCGGUAUUUCGACAGUUUUGACUAUGAUGUGGCCUUACUACGACCAAGAUGCUACGGCUCCCUUGCCCUAUGUUUACGAAAAAUUGGGAUGGACUCCUAUUAAAUGGAUAGUAACUAUAGGGGCAGUGAUAGCCCUUUGUACUAGUCUCUUAGGAGCUAUGUUUCCUCUGCCUAGAGUUAUCUAUGCUAUGGCUAACGACGGACUGAUUUUCAAGUUUCUUGCCAAAAUCAAUCCAAAGACAAAAACUCCUAUCAUAGCCACAGUUCUAUCCGGAAUUUUGGUCGCAAUUAUGGCAAUAUUAUUUAACACCGAUCAGUUGAUAAAUAUGAUGUCUAUUGGUACGCUUCUGGCUUAUACCAUAGUCGCAGUGUGCGUCUUAAUUCUCAGGUAUGAACCUGUAGAAGGAAACAGUUACCCCGACCUCGAACUAAAAAAAGAAGAAAACUACACAUUCUUUGGAAUGUUUAAACAAAUUUUCAAUUUAAAUAUGAACAAACACGCAACCUCCACAUCCACAAAAAUCACCAAUUGGAGCAUAAUAAUCUUCGCCGUUUUCACCGCGGGUUUUGAUGCAUUUAUCAUUUAUGCCCUUGACGUCUUCGAAAAACCAUAUGUCUUGACUCUUUUUGUGAUUGUCACUAUAAUCAUGUUAAUCCUUAUCGUCGUAAUAGCAAGGCAGCCUACUGACGAAGUUAAACUGUCUUUUAAAGUCCCGUGGGUUCCGUUUAUUCCUUGUUUGAGUAUCAUAAUUAACUUGUAUCUAAUGCUGGAAUUAGAUAAAGAUACUUGGAUUCGGUUUGCGGUUUGGUUGGUUAUAGGUUUUCUAAUUUACUUCUUUUAUGGCUUGAGGAACAGCGAGGAACGAAAGCUCAGAUUGGAGCAUGAACUGAAAGAAAACGCAACGAAAACUGCAGAUAAAGAAGUCACUAAAUUUUAACAAAACGAUAUUACUUGUAUUAGUGUGAAUGUGAUAAGCUUUAUACUGUAAUAUACUUAUUUAUUAUCAUUGUUUAAAAAACGUUUUUAAUUAUCAUGACAUUUGUUUAGUUCGGUAUGUCGAUGAUGAUUGAUGAAUCUGUGUACAAAAUAUAGGUAGUCGAACCAUGCUUAAAGUAAAUGACAAAAUCUUGUAGAUAUAUUUUGCAUAAACAUGCAAAUGGUAAUUAAUGUUUUAUUAAGACUUUUAAUUAGAAUUGUAAAUAUUAUAAUACCGCAUAAAUAAAAAGUAUGUUUUUUACACAAACAUGUUUUGAGUGUUGUUUUCAAUAAAAAAGUUGUUUCUAAUUUCUGUUUUUUGCCAUAAUAAAGUGAAGAUACUUUAUCUGUGUGAUGUAUAGACAGCGGAUUUCUGUCGGGCUACGUCACGAUUAUAGGUGGGGACGCGCUGGAUCGCCGGGACUCAGUAGCGGGUGAUAGAUAAUCACUAAAUUUAAUCGUCACUUAUUCCAUAAAUACAAUUAACGAUUUAUUAAUCAAACGGCUACGCAAAUGAGAACGAGAAUUAACAGCAGAGUGCAACGAAGCAACGUUAUUCUAAUCUCAAAUAAACGAAGUGCAGCCCUUAACUGCAAUGAAUUCCCAUCCCGUACGAGCCGUACCGAGUUUGGCUUUGCCUAGCCCGACAGAAAUCCGCUCUCUAGUGAUGUAUUAUAUUUCUAGGCUGUUUUUUAGUAAUUACUAAGUAUAAUGAAAGUUAUAAUUCAGGCUUUAGAAUAUCGACAAUGUAAGAGAGCAAAUUUAAAAGCUUUAGAAUUAAUUAAUUUUUUGUUUUUGUUUAAUAAAAAUAGUCAAUUGCAGGCAAUGUUUUAAAAAGUAGCCUAGUGUCUCUUAGAAAAUGUUGUCAACUUUUAAAUAGGUAUUAUUAACUGCUUUAUCCAAAUCGAAAUGAGGUAAACUAAAUGAUGUUUUUAGUAUUUACUGAUUUUUUAAAAACCCGGGCGUAAAUACAGUGCCGUAAAAGCAUUAGUACGUAUUACAAUAUAUUUUAACACGAAUUCUACUAUGUGUGUAGUUAUUCAGCCCGUACCACCCAUUUAUACCCUCCCAUUUUCUUUUGCA